UUUAACUACCACUGCCAGGCAGCAGGGAAAGCUGGCUGAAGGUAGAGCUGAUAAAACCCGUUUUGGGAUACCCUCAACCCCAGUUCUGCUGGUGCUUCCAUGGGAAUCAUCCCCUGUGGGGUAAAGCGCUCCCAGGAUGCUGGGCUGAUCAGCAAAUUGCUCUUUAAUUAAAGAUAUCUCUUCCUCUCCCUUGCUGGAGGAGCUUCUUGCCCCAUUUUCUGGCUGCACAAAUGGGUAUUCCAGCCCUCACUCAUUUAUUACUGCAGGUUUUGUCCAGUUUGCUGGAUUUGGGGAGGAUUUUGACCUUCCCUGCCAGUUUUGGGAGCAAAUCUUGGUGCUGGGUUGCUGUUGACAAGCCACAACAGGCUGGGACAUGAAACUGAAUUGGCAGCAGUCUCUGGUGUGGUACAAAUGCCUUGAGCUGAGAAUGGAGUGUGGGACAGUGAGAGGACACAGGAACCCCAAGAAAUCAAAUCUGGGACACUGAGAUCAGUAUUGUCCCGUGGGAUAAUGGUACAACCCACCUUCUGCACACUCUUCAACCUGAAACCUAAUGACAGCAGUUAGCUACUUGCAAGGGUAGGCAACAGGCAGCUAGAAGAGGAUUUGGCAGCCCUGAAUCAGCACAGAGCCUUAUUUUCAGCUUUCCAAGUGCAAAUCCUGGUUGUUUUCCCAACUGAAAUGGGCCACAGAUGCUCUUGUGCCCCAUCAUGUGGUGUGAUGCCCCCAAAACCUGGGAGGGAGAAGGAAACCCAGCCUAAAUUGGACCAAACCUGUUGUUUUAUCCCUUUGUCCUCGCCAUGUGUCAAUCCCAAGGAUUCUUUGUGUGUCUCCAAGCCCAGGGGUCUCCAUGCUGCAUCCACAAGAAGCCCCAUAGGUAGAAAACAGGGUUUGAGCUAAGAGCUGAACCCUGAACAGCCUUAAGCUCCACAGUAGGGUUGAAAUCUCACAGGUAACCCCACACAGCUCCCCCAAAAGCCCCCCUAGGCUGUGCUGUGGGCCAACAUUUCAUUUUCUCCAGAGAAAAACUGUCCCAAGGCCUCAGAUGGAGUGAAAAGCAACAAGUGAAAAGCCAAAAGCUCGGUCCAAGAGGAACAGCGAGGAGGUCUGGCUGGCUAGGGUAUAAUGGGGUGAAAAAUGAGGUUUCUGGAGGAAAAAAUGCCAGCAAAUCUUCAGGAUCUGCAAACCCCUUGUGCAACGCUCAGGUCUGGGGAGAACCCCCCCUCUUUCCUCAUACCAGGGCCAGAAGCUGACAUCCAACCCUCCCCAACAUCACCCCCUGCAUCCUGCCCUGAUUUCCCCCUGGAGCUGGCGCUGGGGUCCGGCUGCUGCAUGGAUGCGGGGAGCAGUGUGGUUAUUUCCCAGCAUCUCUGUUUCCUUACCCGAGCACGGAGCGAGCGCGCGUCCGGCGGCGCGCACUGGGAGGAGGGGGACGUUUGCCGACGUUUCCCGGCGUUUCCCCGCAUCCUCGGGGCCGGGGCGACGCGGGGAGGUGGAGCAGCCCGCGGAGAGCUGCAUCCCCGCAGCCGCCGAUCCCACCAGCAGGCGCAGGAAGCAGCGUCUCCGCAUCCUCCGCUGGGCAGACGGCACCGGGAUAACGGCAUCCACAUCCCACGGCGCUGGGGUAGGGGCUUGACACACACAUACACACACACACACACCCCCGGGUGGGGGGGUGCUGGGACAACCCCCCAGAAACCAGAUUUGGGGUGCGGGGGGGGGGGGGUGCGGGGGGACCCUCUCUGCUUGCAAGCGGGUCGGUGGGGACUGUUGCGGCCGGGAUUGGAGGAGCGUGGAGAGACUCUCGGCACAGCGGAGAUGCUGCCCUGGCGCCGGAGCAAGUUUGUGCUGGUGGAGAACGAACGCAAGUGCAAGAGCAAGAGCCUGGGGCCGGGGCUGAGCUACGCUGCGCUGCUGGCCGGGUUCCUGCGCUCCUGCCCGGACCUCCUGCCCGAAUGCCCGCUGGAGCGACUGGGCAGCGUCUUCCGUGGCAAGCGCCAGAAAGUGGAGCUGAACAAAGAGGACCCGACGUACACGGUGAGGUACCUGGGCAACGCCGUCACCCUGCACGCCAAGGGCGAGGGCUGCACGGAGGAGGCGGUGGGCAAGAUCUGGGCGAAGAGCGACGCGGGAGCUGGCGGGGUGAAGAUGAAGCUGACAUUGGGACCUCAAGGCAUCCGCAUGAGCCCGUGCGAGAAGGGGGCCCGGCGGCCAGGCCACGCAUACCUCCUGCACCGCAUCACCUACUGCGCCGCCGACCGCCGGCACCCCAAGGUGUUCGCUUGGGUCUACAGGCAUCAAGUGAAGAACAAGGCGGUGGUGCUGCGGUGCCACGCCGUCCUCGUGUCCAAGGCCGACAAGGCACGUGCCAUGGCCCUGCUCCUCUACCAGACCUCCUCGUCCGCCUUCAACGAGUUCAAGCGGCUCAAGAGGCAGAACGACUUCCGCCACGUCCAGCAGCAGCUCCUGGGCGAUGCCAUCGUGCCCUUGGUGCCCCUGCGCCGGUUGCUCAACGCCAAGUGUCCCUACCGCCCGCCGGCCGAGCGCACCCGCUGCGCCCCGCGCCUCAGCUCCAUCCUGGAGGAGGAGGAGGACGAGGCCUUCGGCAGCGGGGCACCGCGGGGGGACGGCGCUGAGCGUGCGGCCGUGCUGCGCCUGGCCAGGGAGAUGCGGGGCUGCAGCCUCCAUGGCGUGCUGAGCCACGCACACCCCAUGGCGGGGACCGGCUGAACCUGGACCUCCCGUGGGGAUGGAUGUGGACAAGACAGCGGCUUCAUUCGCAAGGCAGAGCCCUUGGGGGGGGGGUGUGGGGGGUGUGUGUGUGAUGCACCCCCCCAUUCCCACACACAAACCUGCUCUCGUGCCUCCUCCACAGCGGCCAUAAUAAACCAACGUGUGUUUUCUGCGGUGUA